GAAGGUCUCAGGCGAGGGUGGCGGAGUUCCGCCCGGUCAGCUAGCUUAGGUUCUCGCGGCGCCGGCGGUGCCGAGGCCGCUUUUUGCGGCCGCCGUUCUCAAGUCCGCGGGGCUUAGAGAGGCCUUGAGCUGGGUCCGCGGAAUCGGUGGCAUUGACCGGCCCUCGACGUCCUUGGGGAGAGGAGGGUGCUCCUUUGCUUGGUCUCAGGCGGCGGCCGGAGCAGCUCUGCCUCUUGGACCUCCCUUCCUGCGUCCCCGGUGACGGACGAAAAGUUCGCUUGGAAUUUUGAUUCACCGAGUGACCUUGAGCUCAGGGCGACGCAUACCUUGUAGGGCUGCACUCGGCUAUUCAGGAACUUUGUGAGAAUUUCAGUAUAUGGAAACACUGCCCUUGUUCCAACCGGUGUCUAUCCAAAGGUCUCACUAUAAUACCAGGACCAAGGUAUUGCAUGUCAGUCAGUCAGCCAGCCACAUACUUCAUGACUCCUAAAAUCUCAUGGACUUCUAAAAGCAUUUCUAAGUUUACAGCGAAAUUGAGGGGAGGCACCAUGGUCUGUGCUGCUGUCGCGGUCCCUGGGCUGUUGCGAAGCUCUGCUGGGACCGUCCGCACCCCGGCUGCCUCGCUGAGGCUGACAGCCAGUGCUUUGCGCCACCUGACUCUAGCAAGCAUAAUGAAAUCCAAAAGGAAAACUGAUCACUUGGAGAGAACUGCCAAUGUCGUUCGUCGGGAGAACAACUUCUUAUUUCAUCAAAGGAGAAAGCACUAACAUCUGAGAAAGGAAGGUGGAUGAGCUCUUGUUACCCUUCCCAUGUGCAGAUUUUUUUCCACCAUAUUCAGACCCUAGAAAGCUAACCUACCACCUGGAGGGCUGUCAAGGGCUGGGAAAUAAAGGAUCCUCACCCUUUACCUCAAUGGUGUCGGCUGCUAAGGUGUGUGGGGCCGCUAAUGAGUCGCCAUCAGUGAAGAGGCUCUGCCUGCAUGUUGCUGAUAAAGACUUUUCUUUUAAAGCUGGCCAGUGGAUUGAUUUCUUUAUCCCAGGAGUCUCUGUGGUUGGUGGGUUCUCAAUAUGCUCCAGCCCCAGACUACUAGAACAAGAGAGAAUGAUAGAAUUGGCAGUGAAAUAUGCGAACCACCCUCCUGCUCUCUGGAUUCACAAUCAGUGUACACUUGACUCUGAAGUGGCCGUGAGAGUGGGUGGAGAGUUCUUCUUUGACCCGCAGCCUGCAGAUGCCUCUAGAAACCUCGUGCUGAUUGCAGGAGGGGUCGGAAUUAACCCCCUGCUCUCCAUCCUGCGGCACACGGCCGACCUCCACAGAGAACGGGCCCACAGAGGGAGCGGCUACGAGAUGGGGACGACAAAGCUGUUCUACAGUGCCCAGAAUACCAGUGAGCUCCUGUUUAAGAAAAAUAUCCUCGAUUUAGUAAAUGAAUUUCCUGAGAAGAUUGCGUGCAGUUUGCAUGUUACGAAACAGACAGCCCAAAUCAGUGCAGAACUCAAGCCAUACGUCACAGAAGGAAGAAUAACGGAGAAGGAGAUAAGAGAUCAUAUUUCACAAGAGACUUUGUUCUAUAUUUGUGGCCCACCUCCAAUGACAGACUUUUUCUCCAAGCAACUGGAAAACAGCCACGUUCCCAAAGAACACAUUUGCUUUGAGAAGUGGUGGUAGGGAGCGGGCAAAGAUAGAAAAGAGAAAGCUGUGAAAUCUACCCAGGACAGCAACAGAGCUAUGAUUUGUGGCACGACAAAUUUACCUCUGCUCAGCUUUUUUUUUUUUUUUUUAAGGCUGAACUAAGUGACCAGCUGGAGCAUAAAAGAAAAACCAGCUGACAGACUUAGAUGAUAAAUUUUUUACAAAGACUUCAUUGAUUCAAUUAUUUUUUACUUUAUUGAUUUUCUUUUAUUAAUAACUGAUUAUCUCAUGAUAUAUCUUGAAUUGGUCAAUAUAGGUUUUCUUUCCUCUUAGGGAAAAAAGAGACAUAGACUUAAAUUUAAUCAUAUAAGAAUGCUGUUUUGUGUGUAAAAUGUAAGCUAUCUUCAUUUGAUAGCAACCUUUAUAUCUUAUGCUCAAUAAACUUAUAAUUUAAACACG